AAACUGGCAUGACAGCGGCGGGAUCUGCAACUGCGCCACCUGAACGAUCAACGCCAAAACGCGUGGCGGGUCCCAUAACUGCUGUGUGCAUGUAGGCCAGGUGUCUCCAAAUUAAUACGCCUUCAAUUUUGGGAAUUAAUUCCAAUUAAUUAAAUCCUACUCCCGAAUUUCUCAAACUUACCAAAUCCCAAAUCCCUUCCACCAAAAAUCGAGAGAUCACUCUCUUAAUCCCAAUCAUUAAUGUCUUCAUCUUCUUCUCUCGAAUACUGAAAACGUCUCUCUCUCUCUCCUCUUCCGGCCACCGCCGUGGCUUCUCCGCUUCUCUCUCUCAAAACUCCCCCUCUCUCUCUAGAGUCGUGCUGAUUGACAAUUAGCUGGCGGUACCACAGACAUGCGAUUCCGCGUUGUGAAAUUCCGAGAUUGACCUGGAGAAAUCGCCGAUUUCGAUGGCGGUUGUCACCGGAGAUCGCUACCUGGAGAAGCUAGUCCACUUCGUGGAGCAGCAGGCCGGUUCGUUGAUCGACGGGAGCCUAGUGCUGAAGCUGAACCCGGCCGGGUUCCACUACGUCAACUCCCGGCUCGAGGCCUUGCACGAACUCGAGAGCCUCCUCGCCGGCGCUCCCGUUGACUACCUCCGCGCCUACGUCUCCGACCUUGGAGACCACCGCGCGCUCGAGCAGCUGAGGAGGAUUCUCAGGCUCUUGACAUCCCUCAAGGUCGUUUCGGUGCUGCCGCCUGCUGCCAGGGACCCUACGCCGCUGUCGUUUUGGCCGUUUGGGAGGCUUAAGGUUUUGGAGCUUCGAGGAUGCGAUUUGUCCACCUCCGCCGCGAAAGGGUUACUGGAGCUGCGUCACACCUUGGAGAAGAUCAUUUGCCAUAAUUCUACUGAUGCUUUGCGGCAUGUGUUUGCGAGUAGAAUUGCAGAGAUUAAGGACUCGCCGCAGUGGAACCGCCUGUCAUUCAUUUCGUGUGCUUGUAAUGGCUUGGUUCUCAUGGAUGAGUCUUUGCAACUUCUUCCUGCUGUCGAAACUCUCGACCUUAGCCGGAACAAGUUUGCAAAGGUUGAUAAUCUUCGCAAGUGUGUCAAAUUGAAGCACCUAGACCUCGGUUUCAAUCAGCUCAGAACGAUUUCGUUAUUCGGUCAGGUCACGUGCCGUUUACUUAAACUUGUUUUGAGGAACAAUGCUAUAACUACAUUGCGUGGGAUUGAGAAUUUGAAGUCACUGGAAGGGCUUGACGUUUCCUACAAUAUUCUCUUCAAUUUUUCCGAGUUAGAAUACCUUUCUGGACUUCGAUCUCUUGAAAACUUGUGGUUGGAAGGGAAUCCAUUAUGUUGUGCCAGUUGGUAUCGGUCACAAGCAUUCAGCUAUGUCACUAAUCCAGAAAAAUUGAAGUUAGAUGAUAAGGAGAUCAGCACCAGAGAAUUUUGGAAGAGGCAACUUAUUAUUGCUAGCAGGCACAAGCGACCUGCCAGCUUUGGGUUUUAUUCUCCUGCAAAGUGCGAUGAUAAAGGAGAUUCAAGUAUUAACAAAAAAAAGAAAAAGGUAUCUCGUCUUGCAUCAAUUGUUAAUGAAGAGGAGAACACAUGUUCUGACCAGGACUCUGUGUCUUGUGAGAAUGAGAUCCAAAGCAGAGAGGAUGUUGUCAUAUCUGACGAUGAAGCUGAAAUUUUUGAUUUGAUGACUAGAGUUGAGCUAAUGAAGAAAGAGCGCUCCGUUCUUUGGUUGCGGGAGUUCAAGGAAUGGUUAGAUCGUGCUUCUGAGAAUGAUGCAGACAUCAGUAGAUAUAGCAGGGCUAGAUUGCAUCUUGAGAAGGAAAAGUAUAUAAAAAACAAGGCAAGUUGGAGGCAGCUAGGUGAAAAAUCAACAUACGUUCAAGCAUCAGGAGACGAGAGUAAUACAAAUGUUUUAGAAUCAGUGGGGAAUGCUGGUAGGGUCAGCCCAGUUGGCAUGGAUAGUAGAGAUAUCGGGGAGAACUUAAAAGCAUAUUCGUAUGAAAGCCCAGUUGGCAUGGAUGGUAGAGAUAUUGAGGAGAACUUAAAAGCAUAUUCGUAUGAAGGGACAAGUACUUUCAGUUCAGAGGCUAAAAGUUCCCAUACUCAGACAUUCACCACUGAUGGAGGUCAUAGGAUGGUCCAAAAUUUGAGUAUGUCUGCAUUGUCUGUCAUUGAUGAUAUUUCAGAGUCUUAUUCAUCAUCUGCUAACCCAGGAUCACCGCCCCAUUAUCAAAAGGACAUUCUUCAUCGUCGACAUAACUUAGAGGUGGAAAUUUUACAGUUAUCCGCAGAGUCCUAUUCAGUGGCAUCAUCUGAUAGUAAUACGAGCUCAAGUGAAGAUGAAAAUUGUGAAUCUAGGCAGUCAGUUCCUGAGAACUUGUUGAAUGAGAGUGCCGAAGAAUACCCAUCUAAAAAUUGUUUCAAGUAUUAUGACAUAAAACAUGAGAUUGACAGACGUUCGGUCAGUGUACGUGCCAGUGACAUUCCUGCUGAUGCUCAUGAUGUUGAAAUUACUAAUUGCAUUAAUGAAGAGGGUGAUUUGCUGGAGAGGAGGAAAGGAAGACAGAGGACUAAAAGAAGAGUUAUCGCUAUAGUAGAAGAUGAUAACAUGAUUAGGCAACCAGAACUGUCACCAAAAUCAAAUGGCAAUCUAGGUAAUCAUGUAGGGCAAGUCGAAAAUAAGCAAGAGAAUAAAUAUUUCUAUGGGAGUGAUUUUCAAGAAGUUGUUGAUAAGAAACAGAUGUUGGCAAAUAGAAGCAGUGCCUCAAUAACCGAAAUCUUAUCUUCAGGAAGUGAUGAAUUUAUUGAGAAUUAUUUCAAUACAAAUAUCGCAGAUUCACGAAAUCACGAGAUCUGUAGGCAUUAUUUGUGUUGCUGUUGUAUACUUGAGCGGGAUUUUCUUUCCCCAGAAAGAGAAGUUGCUGUUGUACUUAGUAGUGAAGACAAGCUUUAUAUACUGCCCAUUGGUAUUGCAGGAGAUGGGUCAGGCACCAUCUUAAAGUUACAGGGUCGUCACAGGGUUGAGGAUAUCAGAGAAGUUGUAGUUGGUAUAGGGCUCCAGGUUGUGAGGGUGUAUGUUGGAGGCAGUGCGAGUUACCUGUUUAAAACUAGAAGCAUUGAAAAAUCAAGACAGUUACUUUCUACUUUAAAAGUUAUCGAUUCUUUUGCCCCAAAUGGAGAACUUUGCUUAAGGAGUUUGGAGCAGGUUCAGGUGGAGUUAUUUGAGAAACAAAUAUGUGGAGGUUCAAAAGUGAGCAUAUUCCAGUAUUCUAGGUACAGUUUUGGUGUAGUUAUAAUGAAGGUGAAUCAUGGUUUUCAAGAUCAUUAUUUGUGGCUGGAGGGCACGUAUUUUUGUGCUUUGAAGACCUUAUGCAGUUCAGCUCUUUAUGCGUGGAUGCGUCUUUGCCCCCAUAUUUUUCACUUGACUUGUGUUGCUCUAUUGCCGACAUAUCUGAGUUGGUUGUCGAUGUCAGAGAAAGUCGGUGUGUAACCAUAGCUGUUGCGUGCGCAAUGUCGGAGUUCUGCCCCCCAGGCUCAGCCGAAGCGGGCAAUUCAGACUCAAGUGUAAAUGAUAAAAAGAUUGCUCCAGGCUCCAUGACUUGGAAGCUCCAGUGGUUUUCCGAAGAGAGUCCGUUCAAGUUUGUGGCGUUGUUGAAGGCAAUCCAUGAAGGGAUGACCGCUUCCCCUUUGCUUGUAAGAUUUAUAUCGUGAAUGAAUCCCUUCCUCGCGGUUUUGUUAGUUUCCAUAUUCAUUUCAUUCUUUUCAAUUUGUUUCUUUUCCCACUUAGUUUGUUUGCCUGCCGGCGUUAGUGUUAGCCGGCCGGAAUUCUUUGAUUUGUUUUCUUAGUUUUGGCAGUUCUUUUUCUUAUGUACAAUUCUGUACAGUUUACAACAUACAGGAAAGAAAAUCGACAGUUUUGCCAAUU